AUGCUGGCAUCAUCGGCGACACCAUCUGACGUCGACACAAGGUACGAGAACGCAAGGGACAGCGAUGCAACUCAAGGAUUCACGCUACAUGAGAUGCAAAGACAAGCCGUGACUAUUGAGUUGCCAAAGUACAAGGAGAAGGUUGAUAGAUUCGGAGUGGAGCUUGCAUAUAAAUCUUGUAUGGUGAACGAUACCGACUUUGAUCCGGCAAGAUGGUGGGGACAUUUUGGUGGCUCGACUCCUCAUUUAACAAAGAUUGCAUUGAGGAUUCUUUCUUUAACUAGUAGUUCAUCGGGUUGUGAAAGGAAUUGGAGCACGUUUGAAGCGAUUGAACAAUCUUGUUUAUGUUCAAUUCAAUGCAAAUUUAAUGGAAAAAAAAAAGAUAGGACUUUGGAAGUACUUUUAGCAAAUGAUUCUCACUCGGCUCAAGAAUGGAUUGUUGAUUGUAAUGAUCGUGAUGUAGAUGAAUUCAACCCCGAAUCAAAUAUGGAAUCGACUGAUGAAGUUCUCGGGACUAAUGAUAAUCAAGCAUCCCGUCAAAAUUCAAAAACUAUAGAAUUUUCGAUGAAGAUUUCGAGUCCGAGAGUGAGGAACAAGUGUUUGAAGAAGGUGAAUAUGAGUCGGAUGGAGUUCAAAUAUUAG